UCAAGCAAGUACUCUCGCUGUCCAGACCUUCGCAAGAAAUGGCAGUCUUAAAGAACUCUCUGAAAAGGGUGUUCGUAGCCGUAGAAAUGAAAAGACUGGCUUUGCUUUCAAAUAUGACAGCUGUUGUUGUUUGCAUAAUCACGAUUACAACGAUUGGAAAUCUUGACUUGGCUCAGUCUCGAUACACGAUUGAUAAGACGACAGUGUUGAAAGACCAAGUGCUUUAUGGGUAUGCGUUUCGCAAACUCACGAUGAAGACUGUGGACGAAUGUUUCUUGGCUUGCUACGAAGAGUGUUUUUGUAUGUCAUUUCAAAUGUGCAUUCAGAAUACAGAAUGUCAGCUGUUGUCUUCUAACCAAUUUCGCUCACCGUCUGACCUGCUUAACAUGAAUGGAUGUUCAUAUUAUGAUAUGCUUCCAGAUCUUGAAUUGAUGGAAACAGGAUGUAACACUCGGCCAUUUUGUCGUUUACAAGACGGCGUUUGCCAUAAUAACGCGAAGUACGACGCUAUCACGCCAUCGGAUUACACGACACCACGCUUUAAAUGCAUUUGCCCCCCUGGCUACACAGGUGACCUUUGUCAAUAUGGUCCACGCAGGUCUUGCCGAAGUUACGUCGACGGAAAUCGAGUUUCAGGGACGUACCAGGUUCUCGAUAGCAACAUGAAGCCCUUUGAUGUUUUCUGCCAUUUUGAUCAAAAUUCAACCAUGACUUGGACGCUGGUUCAGUCCUAUCAGUUUCAAAAUACUUCCUUUAGGACAUUAAGUUUCCUAUUGGAUAGCCCCGUCAACGAAGACAAGCCUCACUGGGAUGCAUAUCGCCUUUCAAAGUCCAGAAUGCAAUCAAUCCAAGACGAUUCGAGUCAAUUUCGAAUGACCUGCAAAUACGACACAGAUGGCAUGGUCUAUCGGGAUUUCGUUCAGGCCACUAAAAGUCAGGUGGAUAUCAUGAUUGCUCCCCAGAAAUCAUACGCAUGCGCUGUUGUGGACGUGAUUAAUGUUCGAGGUCAUAGCUGUUCAAACUGUUCCGUAUUUUUGGCGCGAAAACAUCCGACUGCCCUGCAUUUUUCGUACGGUUGUAAUUUCUUCCCAAGCGGGUACAACCCCUGCGGCAAUUUGGGUGAAGAUAAUUUCGGAUUUUAUGCUUGUGUCAAUACAGAUCAUCGAUGUUCUUCCUCGCCAACAGCCACGACGCAGACCUGGCUUGGCGGUCGGUGAUUGGGGACAGGGCCUGCAUGCCCGCGCCACUGAUCUAAAAGCUACAACUGGAUAAUUAUUGAUGUCCCUCCGGUCGAGGACGAUGUGUUGAUUUUGUCGCUGGUUUAUUAAGGGCCAUUUUUAAAAACAUUUGACUAUUUGUUUAAACUAAUUUGUAGAGAUGCAUUAUUUAAGGUAGACUUUGUGACUGGGAAUAAAUAUAUUUGUUAUA